CCGCCUCUGGAUUUCCUCCCCCCGAGCUGUCGACGACGGCGACGCGCGCUCCCCGCUAUAAAUCGCUCCCCCGAGCCGGAGCCGGAGACCGCGAGAGCAGAAAUCCACCGCCCGUUCCUUGGUUCCCGAGGCGGCAGAGUUUUGUUUGUCUCGCGCCGCGCGGCUCGUGCUCGUGCUCCUCUGUUUCUUGGGUGGGCAGCAGCAGGCAUGCAGAGGAGCAACUCGUUCGGGACGUCGUGGGCGGACCAGUGGGACAACGGCGGCGACCCGAGCCCGAGGGCGCCGCGCGACCACGGCCGCGCGGGGAAGGCCGGCGCCGGCGCCGGCGUGGGGGAGAAGACCAAGGCGGCCGCGGCGACCGGGCUCAGGAAGGUGAAGGAGGGCACGGCGCACGGGUUCCAGUGGAUCAAGGACAAGUGCCAGAAGAAGAGCACCGGCGCCGGCGGCGGCAAGAAGCAGCAGGGGUCCGAGGUCGCGGGGUACUGACAUGACGGCCUGAUCAGAUCACCGUGGUCCGGCGUCGACAUGCUGUCUCCGGUUGAUCCCUCCCUGCGUUGGUUGCAGCGUUCUCCAACGGCAGCAUGUUGGAGAAGAUUUUUAUAGGCUGCUGCUGCUUGUUUAUAGGUGUGUGUGCAUAGGUUAUGGUUUCGCGGUGAUCUCGCCGCUGUUGCGGUUGUCUUGUGCAGUUCGUCGCUCCGGCGUCUGCUGGUUACCGGAUUUGGUCGUGUUGGCGUUUUCGAUGUAUAUAGAAUGAUUUUUAUUUCCUUUAUUCGUGUUUGAUUGUUUGUCUUGGGCUUCUGGUUAGUGCUGGUUGUGUAAUUCGAGGUCUUAAUUUGCUGCUCU